AUGAUAAUAUAUAUUUCAAUUGAUAAAGAAAUUGCAUCAAAUGAGGAUAGGAUGGUUGUUUCAUACCACCCAGAAACUUUAUUGAUUAAUUUCCAAUAUGUAACUUUUGAGUUUGCAAGAUACAUUACAAAAUGUGUCUCAAAAUCUAAGCAUUCUAAGUUAUUUGAAAUCAAUGAAACUGAUGAACUUCAAAAGCAUACCAUGGCAAAGAGACUAGGUGCAAUGAAACUGACUGAUUAUACUCCCAUUCCAAUAUCCAAUAACAAGGUGUUCCAUCUUGGUGCUAUAUUUCCCUCAGAAUAUUGUCUUAAAACUAAUGCAUCUACUUAA